AGCGGAUAUCAUCUUUGUAUACCCAUAACAUCGGGCACGACGGACGAGCGUAAUGUACGGCGGUGGGCUUGAAAAAAAAAAGUUUAAUACCAACGCUUUGUGGAAACUGUCUGUCACUUGGCCAGGUGCUGUUGUCGCAAUACUCUGUUUGUUGCACACGUACGCAGAUGAGGUGUCUCUUUACGUGACUGUUUUUGCUUCGUAUCACAUGUUUGAUAAUGCCGUAAUAUGCUUAAAAGGUAUUCGUUAAGCAAAAAUCUACGACAUUUAAGAGCCAGGC